GCUGAGGCGGAGGAGCCGCCGCCAUUUCGGUGUCGCUGCGAGCGGGGCCGGGGCAGCGCUGAGGGGGCGGCGAUGGAUCCCGGAGCCCGCCCGGGCGGCGGCGGCGUCCCGGGGCAGUCCCGCGAGUACAAACUGGUGAUGCUGGGCGCGGGAGGCGUCGGCAAGAGCGCCAUGACCAUGCAGUUCAUCAGUCACCGCUUCCCAGAGGAUCACGAUCCCACCAUCGAGGAUGCCUAUAAAAUCCGGAUCCGCAUCGAUGACGAGCCUGCCAACCUGGAUAUUUUGGACACAGCAGGACAGGCAGAGUUCACAGCCAUGAGGGACCAGUACAUGAGGGCAGGAGAAGGUUUCAUCAUCUGCUACUCCAUCACGGACCGGCGCAGCUUCCACGAGGUGCGCGAGUUCAAGCAGCUCAUCUACCGCGUGCGCCGCACCGACGACACCCCCGUGGUGCUGGUGGGCAACAAGUCUGACCUGACCCAGCUGCGCCAGGUGUCCAAGGAGGAAGGCUCUGCCCUGGCCAGGGAAUUCAGCUGCCCCUUCUUUGAGACGUCGGCCGCGUUCCGCUACUACAUCGACGACGUGUUCCACGCGCUGGUGCGCGAGAUCCGCCGCAAGGAGAAGGAGGCCGUGAUGGCCAUGGAGAAGAAAUCCAAGCCCAAAAGCAGCGUCUGGAAAAGACUCAAGUCCCCCUUUAGGAGGAAGAAGGAUUCAGUCACUUGAACAGCAAACUCCUCUGCAGAACAGGACAAAAGCUGUGACCUUUUGUAGCCAGAGGAGCUCGGUGACGACGCUGAGGGGACGUGUGACGCCUGAGGGGACUUUGUGAGGGAGGGAAUGCCUAACCCUGCCAAGUUGUUUUUGUUUAGAACCAUGUUGCCUUGAUUCUGGGUGUUGAACUUCACACCCAGUGACAGUUGUACUUUGUUUGUUGUCAUUUCUUUUACUGGACCCAGCAGGUGUUGGCCACCAGGGCCCAUGGGUUGGUGGCUCUGCACUUUGGAGUGUUUGUCCUUGGUCACAGCAACCUGGGAGCUGAACUGUGCAAAACAUUCCUGGAGCUGGACCCAGCCUCACUGAAUCUGUGGUUUUCCCAGUUGGAAAAGAGGAUUUUGCUGCUCUCCACAACAACAGCCCACAGUGUGAGAGGCUGAACAAAGUGUCAUGGCCUUGGAGGUCACCGAAUUUCUUGGCUGGAAUUUCUCGUGCCCUCUCGGAGCGGAUUUCUUUCCAGGAAAAUGGACGUGGAAUCCUUGUGUGUGCAACUUCAUCCAAGUGAUCGGUGCUGUAGGUGGGAUGUGAACAAGCCAGAAUCCCAGAAUCAUUUCAGCUGGAAA